UCACUUGCGUUUGGAACAACUGCAUUGCCUACAUACGAUGGCUCUGAUUUCGCAAAGAAUCAGGAUGUUGUUGUCAUCAGCUUGGCUUACCGUCUCAACGUCUUUGGAUUUCCAAUGGCUGAAGAUCUCACACCACAAGAAACUAACCUUGGGUUCCUGGACCAGGAGCUUGCAUUCCAGUGGGUGCAGAACAAUAUCGCUCAGUUUGGUGGAGAUCUACAGAAGGUAACCAUCAUGGGUCAAUUUGCGGGUGCACAAUCUGUUUCCGGUGCGUUCCUCCAGCACAACUCCACGAACGCACCCUUCCGUGCCAGCAUCAUUCUUUCUGGAGCAGUAACCCACACCUUUUCCGUGACGAACCACACACCAUUUUGA